AUGAAGGACUGGAAAGAUGUGCUCUCGACCGUUGUCACGGCACUCGGGGACAACGUUGAGAGCCACGCCUCCAUCCUCGACUUCCUCAGAGUUCUCCCCGAAGAAGUGAUCGAGGGCCGCAAAAUCACCUUGACUGAAGAGGAACUCAGCCAACGAACCACAGAGCUCUUGGGAGACAAUGCCGAACAAGUCAUCCGGCUCCUAAUCAAUUAUGCCCAAUCUUCGCCCACCGCGGCGCAAAACCCCCAGCUUUUGGAAUGCAUCACGUCUUGGCUCCGCGAAGUGCCUCUCGAAGCCAUUGUCAACUCGCCCCUUCUCGACGUCAUCUUUCGCGGCCUUGAUGAGGAUGUGUCGACACAAGAGGCCGCUGAAUGCUUGUGCACCAUCUUCCGAGAAACUGCCGAAGUAGAUGAGAAUCCCGGUGUGAUCAAGGCGCUUUUCCCCAGGGUCAUCGCCCUGAGGCCGCGUAUCAAGAAGGCGGCUGAUGAAGAGGAUACGGAGACGCUCAAGGCCCUCACCAAGAUCUUCUCCGUGGCGGCCGAAGCUUGGGUCAUUGCUAUUGUGCGUGAGCCCAUCCAGUUUAGGCCUCUGGUGGAUGCAGUGCUUGAGUGCGCGGCGCGAGACACGGAUCGCGAGGUGAUUGAGCACACAUUCGAGUUCUGGUACCAGCUAAAGCAGUAUCUUGUCAUUGAGCGAUAUAUCCAGUCCCGCGUCGAGCUUGUCGAUGUUUAUUCGAAGCUUGUCGACAUCCUCCUUAAGCAUCUCGAGUACCCAGAAAAUGAAGGCGCGAACGAGCAGGAUCUCUUUGACGGCGACCGUGAGCAGGAGGAGAAAUUUAGAGAGUUUAGGCACCAAAUGGGCGACACGAUGAAGGAUGCUUGCGAGGUCAUGGGCGUCACGGACUGCCUCGCCAAGGUGCUCACUGCUAUCCAGAUUUGGCUGCAGAAGUACGCUAGCCAGGUAUCCGGCACAGCGGUGCCUCACUGGCAGCAGCUUGAGGGUCCCCUGUUCGCCAUGCGUGCCCUGGGCCGUAUGGUCGACAAGGAUGAAAACAUUGUUCUGCCCCAGCUUAUGCCGCUGCUUGUCCAGAUUCCUAGCCACGAGAAGCUGCUUUUUGCCACCAUCAUGGUCCUCGGAAGGUACACGGAAUGGACCGCCGCACAUCCGGAAUAUUUCGAGCGGCAGUUCCAGUACAUCACCUCGUCGUUCCACACCGAGUCCAAGGAGAUCAUCAGAGCCGCCGCCGUCGCCAUCAAGUACUUCUGCACAGACUGCAGAGAUCUCCUCAGCGGCCAGGUUCUCGAGCUACACACCUUCUACAAUCAGAUCCUAGAUAAACUACCCGAGCUCAGCCAGGAAGAGAUGACUGAGGGUGUUGCCAGCGUGGUGGCUGCCCAACCCGAGGGCGAAAUCUACAAGCUCCUCAAGCUGUACUGCGACCCCUUGGUGCAGCGCCUGGUAGCAAAAGCCGAGAAGGCUUAUAAAGCGAACACUGAUGAAGAGAAGCUCGCUUUGGCUGACCAGGUCCAACUCAUCACGGUCUUUGUUCAGAAUGUCAAGCCAUAUGUUCGUGGCACCGACAACCCUGCGGUCAAGUAUUGGCAAGAGGUGUUCCCUGUCCUAGCCAAUAUUCUCGAGACGUUCAUCACCUUUGUGCCAAUUUGUGAACGGGUUUGUCGAUCUUGGCGCCAUAUGGUGAUCUCGUACCGGACGGCCAUGACGCCUCUCCUGCCGGCGAUGGCGGACAAGUUGGCGAGCGGGUUUGUCGCCUCGAAGGAGGGAUGCUUCCUCUGGGUUACAGCAGCCAUCCUCCGGGAGUUCUCAGAGGACCGGGAACACGUCAACCCGAGCAUCACUGAAAGCAUCUACAAAUUCUUCGAAGCGCAGGCCACGACUUUCCUACGGGAAAUGGCGACUUUGCAACCUAAGGAGCUGCCCGACGUCAUCGAGGACUUCUUCCGGCUGCUCGUGGAUGCUCUGCUGUAUUACCCUCAGAAGCUCUUGCCCUCGGAACUUCUUACGCCUAUAUUCGAAGCUUCGAUUUAUGCUCUACAGCUAGAACAGCGCGAUCCGCUCUCUGCGACACUCCAUUUCCUUUUGGACCUCAUCUCUUAUGCGGGCGAUAACCCAGCAACUGGCGAGGGUCUGCCGCCAGAUGUAGCGGUUCAGCUUCGAGGCAUUGUCAGGACCCUUCUCACCACCCGAGGCGAGAGCCUUAUCAAGCAGGUCAUGGCGGGCAUGAUGAUCACUUUCCCAAGCGACUGCUUUGUUGACGGCAGCGGCGUGCUCCUAGCCAUGUUCCGGCUAUUCCCCACGGAGACUACGGCGUGGGUCGAGCGGACGAUCCAGCUACUCCCCCAGGGAACCGUUUCUCCCGUCGAGUCCAGCCGCCUGAUGGGAAAAAUCAAGGAAAAGCUUCAGGCAGAUGACCAAAACAACAUUAGGCAGGUCAGGGCCCUCUUGCAGGACUUUACAAAUAGCUAUCGCCGCCGAAACGUCGCACCUCGCGACGGACUCGGCCAGCUCAGCGGCCAACGAUUCCAGUUUGCAGGGUAA